CCUGCCGCUCGUAUUUCGCUCGUCUUUAGCUUUCGUCCAACCCUGCAUCGUCCGACCCAAUCUCGCACUGCGUUGUCUCUGCCUCUUUCGCAUCCUGACAGCAGUAAAGGUAAGACGUGCGUUCCGCAGUUCAAGAAAGAAUCAGCCCAAAAUGGCUGGUCUCUUGGUAGCCGAAAUUGCACAUUGGCGAUCCUGCCAGGAGCUGAUAUUUUCAGUUUGAAAACAAUUCGGAAUUUGUUUUUCUUGCCACCUGUAGACCAGCCUUUCGGGGGUUGCAUUGUUGUAUUGGGAACAUUCAGUAAUGUAAGCCAAACGGUAAAAUGAAGAACCUGGAGAAAAUGCUUUUUUUCGUUCAGUGAUAAAGUGUGAAGAUUUUUUUCUCUCAGUUCUCUCAGUGGAGUAAAAUUAAAAAUAGUGCGUUCACCGGUAGUAAGAAAUUUAGCUUGUUUACUUGAUGUUUUUCAUCACAAUCCUAAUUUCGCGGGUUUAUUGAAGUGUUGCUCUUUUAAAUGCAGCAGGAGUGUGUUGUGAUAAAAUGGAAGUUCGGUAGCGGAUCGGGACGACCGCGUUUCGAGCCUCGAAGGCGGAUCGGGACGACCGCGUUUUUGUUCAGGUAGCGGAUCGAGGCAACCGCGAUGGCUAAAACGAAGAAAUUGGUAGCGGAUCGAGACGACCGCGUCAGCCAAGAGUGAUAAUUCAGUACGGAAGCGGAUCGGGACGACCGCGUGGUGUAAGCAUGGCAGCGGAUCGAGACGACCGCGCGGAGGAGGCAACUAAUUUGGAAGCUGAUUGAAACAACAGCUAACAGCUUAUCAACAAAUGAUUCAUUUAUUUUCCUUUUCCCUGAUUUAUUAGUUUUCCGGUAAUUUAGAUGCGAUUUUAUGAGUGCUGUAAAGUUAGAAAACGUUGACUUACAUUACUGGCAGAUGAAACUAUGAAAAGGAAAGUAAUAAUGGCUAACUGUUAAACGUAUUGUCGGGUCCUAUCCGAAUUCUUACAGGUCAACUCAAACUCUAAAAUUUGUUAUCCAAAAUGGCUGAAGGAAGAUAUGUGCGGGCUCCCGACUUUUUGGAUGAUCCCGAAGAGUUCGAGAAUGUACCGUCAGACGACGAGUACGGAAACGACGAAUCGGAAGGACGGCAGAACACGAACGAAUGCGAGAGCGAUGGUGGAAAUUCUGAUUGCGAAGAAGAAUUUGGCAAUGUCGAGAGGUCGACUGCCAUGAUAGAUGGCAAAGAGAAUCGCGAUUCAACCAAGCCCGUUAACAACGCCAGAGGUGAUUUGGGCACAGAACACCCGACAGUGCAAAGUGAGAAUCACGAAUGGCACAACCGCAUGAAGCAGCUGUGAGAGAUACUAAACCAGUUAGUGAGAGUACUUGAUUCCGGCUACGCACCCGGAACAGUUGGAACCAACGCGGAUUCACAUGAAAAUGACCGCAGCUGGAACGCCGUCAAUGUGAACGCUGGAGCAUCGACGAGCACAGGGAAUUUUCGAUGGGAAAAUAUCCAACCAUUCCCUGAUAACGUCUCAGCUAACAGAAUGUGGGAGCAAUGGGCUCGGUUCAUCGAUAGAUUCGAGAUUGCCGUAUCUCUUUCCAACAUAAAUGAUCCGGUGAAGCGUUCACAAAUCCUGUUUUUAUCAAUGGGGGACAAAUUACAAGGCAUAACACUAGCUGCACGACUCCGGCCGACCUUGGAAGAUCCUCACUGUUAUGACAAAUUUGUGAAGAACAUCGAAGCCUACUUACGUUCAAUGGUGGACGUAACAGCCGAACAUGAAGCAUUUACUAACAUGAGCCAGGAGCCGAAUGAACCUACGAUCACAUUUCACGCUCGCCUAAUGGAGAGCGUCUUUGUGGCUACAGCACCGCCGAUCAGGACCAGUUCAUUCGGGCUCAAUUGUUGAAAGGGAUGCGCAAUAAAGAUUUGGUUAAAUCGGCACGAACCUAUGGAUAUGAAACACUCUUCAUCGUCCAAUCUGCUACUCGAGGCGAGGCAUACGCAGCUGAAGCAGCUCAACCGGAACCCUCACAAGCACUAGCGGUUACCCGAAAUCAUCAACGAACUUCUGAUGAAAGCCAACGUUGGAAACGGAAGCACGAAGAAAUGGCCGGCAGAUGGGCGCACUCUAAGAGGCCGGAGAGGGAUGAAAGCCGAAACCAUGGUUAGGACGUCGAUCACGUUGUUCUAAAUGCAAUCGUCUCGUUCAUAAAUUUGGAUCGUGUCCGGCCAUCAAUUGUAACUGCAAUAAGUGUGACGCGCGUGGUCACUUCGCUAUAGUUUGCCGGAAAAAGGAUACCAACCACUGGGAAGCUGAGCGGAAGCCCUCGUCACAACAGAUGCGCGAUGAGAACGAUGGAAAGGUAAAUCUACGAUCUACGAUGAGUAUUAGAAUCGAUUCCUUUUGAUUUUCCUUUAUGAAUAAUACAAAUAUUAAACGAAAUAAUUUAUAAUGCCAGUUUUGAAAUACAACGCAGUACUCUUAAAUUACUAAAACUAUUUUUAUUGAUACUGAUACUCUUCUAGGAAAUAAACACGAUUUCUCUGGCAGAUACAUUAGUCGACUGUCGAGUGGGAUCAUCGAAUCCAAUCUGUUUUUUAAUCGAUUCUGGUUCAGAUGUCAAUACAAUUGGUGGGGAUGACUGGAUCAAACUUAAAAAUGAGUUUACCUCGGGAUGUGCUAAGCUAGACCUUAUCCGUGAAUCGAGUAAUAGCGACCUACGAUCCUACGCGUCCAGAAGUCCCGUUGCUAUUGAAUGUGCGUUCAAGGCACUGAUUGCAGUAGUAGGAAGCUGUAAACCAGCGAUCAUGACAGAAUUUCACGUCAUAAACCAAGGUUCUCGCUCUCUCUUAAGCCGGUCUACUGCUAGCGAUCUGGGUCUGGUGAAAGUUGGAGUUGACGUGAACAGCUGCGAGAAAAUCAAGCAAAAUACGGAGUUCCCCAAAGUUCCUGGAGUCUCGAUCAAAUUUAGUGUUGAUGCGUCUGUUCCGCCAGCUAAAAAUGCGUACUAUAACGUUCCUGCCGCCUACAGGGAAAGCGCAAAAACAAGGCUACGAGAAAUGCAAGAACAAGGCAUCAUCGAACGCGUGAGAUCGGCCCCCGACUGGAUGAGCGGUAUGUCGGCAGUAGCUAAGGGUAAAGACGAUUUUCGGUUGGUCGUCAACAUGCGGGCGCCGAACCGCGCAAUCAAAAGGGAAUAUUAUAUUAAAGGGAACCAUCUUUGAACGAGAUGCGAAUAAAACUCCACGGGGCAAAAUACUUUGCGAAGCUUGUCUUAUCAAACGCUUUUUACCACUUGGAACUUGACGAGAAAUCUAAGGAUCUCACGACCUUCCUGACAGAAAACGGAAUGUUCUGAUUUACUCGCCUGAUGUUUGGAGUGAAUUGCGCCCCGGAAAAUUUUCAGCGUGAAAUGUCGAGGAUACUAGGGGGAGUAGACAACAUCAUUGUAUACAUUGACGACAUUCUCAUGUUUGCGAAGAGCCUGGAGCAACUUCGAAAUACGGUGGCUCACGUGUUGAGAAUUCUAAGGGAAAACAACCUAACCUUGAAUCAUGAUAAAUGCGAAUUUGAUAAGACCCAGAUCAGAUGGUUAGGUCACGAGCUGAGUGAACGUGGAUUCAAUAUCAAUGAAGGAAAGAUAAAGGAUAUUCGAAGAUUCAGACAGCCUAAUACCAUCUCCGAGGGAGCUCUAAGGAGUUUCUUGGGACUCGCUUCCUUUUUUAGCCCUUAUAUCCAAGGGUUCGCAGAUAUUGCGAGUCCACUGUGGGCUCUUACGAAUAGUUCAAUAACAUGGACCUGGAAUAAAGAACACACGAAAGCUUUUGAACAUUUGAAGCAUCAAAUUGCCCAGUGUACGACAUCUCUCGGCUACUUUUCGGACCACGAUACAACGGUUCUAUACACGGAUGCCUCACCUCAUGCACUAGGCGCUGUCCUCGUCCAGGAUGAUAACCAAAAUCCCCCCCGCAUCAUAAGUUUUGCGUCAAAAUCGUUGACCUCCACUGGAAAAAAGUACCCGCAAAACCAGCGCGAAGCUCUAGCUGCGGUAUGGGCUGUCGAGCAUUUUAGUUACUUCUUAUUAGGGAGGCCCUUUACCCUCCGUACCGACGCACAAGGAUUCACGUUUAUAUUAACCCUUUUCCGCUCAUGGUGACUCUAGAGCACCAAGAAUUAUAAUCAUCAUAUCUUGACAUAAAAUAGUUUGUUGUGCUUACGAUUGUUCCAUAAACUUUUAUAUGCUGCUUCAGAGCAUCACUGGGCAUUUUCUUCAAAAUACUACAGUUGACAGUAAUUUAGAUAGUCUACAAAGUGUUCAGCUUGAAUUUUCUCGUGAAGCUAUAAAUUUUAAUGAUAAACCUUGUGAGCGGGAGAGGGUUAAACAGAUCCCGAGAAGAUACCAAACGAGCGUUGAACCGCGCAAAUGGAUGGGCCCUUAGGCUGAGCCCAUAUAAUUUUCAAGCAGAAUACAUACGGGGUCGAGAAAAUAUAGCCGACCCGUCUUCUCGGCUCUAUGAAGGAAACGAUAAGCCAUUUGACGAACGGGUUAGUCCAUGGGAGAUUGCUUCCCUAGAAGUGAAUAAAAUCGGAUUUUUAACCGAGAAAGAGAUUGAGCCACAAAGAAGGAUGAGCAACUUAUGGAGGUUAUAGACGCUUUAGAAACCGACGAUUGGCCAAGACACUUGAAACAAUUCCGUAUUCUGAGUAGCGACUUGUCCAUGCGGGGAAAUCUGCUGGUUAAAACGGGCCGAGCAACAAUACCCGAAAGUCUACGCAAGAAAACCCUUAGCAUUGCUCAUGAGGGUCAUCCGUAGAUCGCGAAAUUCAAAAUUAUCUUAAGAGAGCGGGUGUGGUGGCCUGGUAUGACGAAACAUGCGGAAGAAUGGGCGAAGUCAUGCCCUGUUUGCGCAAUCAACGGUAAACCCGAGAGGCCAACCCACAUGGCACGAGUAUUCGCUCCACAUGCGGUAUGGGAGACCAUCGCCUUAGAUUUUAAUGGCCCUUACUCAAAAUUCGGUGGAAUAUCGGUGCUGGUUGAUGAGGACUAUCGUUCUAGAUAUGUAAUCACCAAGCCAGUGAAGUCCACGAGUUUUGAGAACACUCGAAAGAUCUUGGAGGAGGUGUUCGAAAAAGAAGGUUUCCCAGAUAACAUAAAGUCGGACAACGGUCCCCCCUUCAACGAAGAGGACUAUAGGCAAUACUGUCUCGAACACGGAAUAAACGCCAUUUUUUCGACACCCUUAUACCCCCAGCAAAACAGUCUGGCUGAGAGCUGCAUGAAGCUGGUAAACAAAGCAAUGACCGUGGCGGCUACAAGUGGAUCAGGCUAUGGAGAAGAGUUGGAUGCGGCAAUUCAUGCGUAUAACGCUGCAGCACAUUUCGUUACAGGUAUUCCACCAGAAGAGGUGAUGACGGGUAGAAAAAUUAGACGGGGUCUCCCUCUGAUUUAUCGCGGGAAAGCAGCCUUCGAUGACAACGCGAGAGAUCAUAAAUCUAAAAUAGACGCAAAAGUACGAGAGGACGCACGGCGAGGUGCCCGUCAAUGCCGCAUUAAGCCAGAGGACACAGUGGUCGUAGAACGACAGGUCCGUUCAAAAGGGGAGCCAAGGUUCGACCCUCGUAGGUAUACGGUGACAGAGGAACGGAAUGGCAUGCUGGUUUUGAGCGACGAAAACGGUCAACCAGGAAGGUUUCCCGUUGGCGACACUCCGAAGAUAAUGACAUCCUUCCAGAAUGUUCGGUAGACCAGGACUUUACUCCACAGCCAUCGCUGGUGGAAAAUCCUCACCCUAGCGUUGCUGAACGCCCAACUCGAGCGAAAAGAACUCCCGAAUACUUAAAAAACUACAUAAGAGUUGUUGAGGAUGAACCAAUAUAAUA